AUGGUCUCCAUAGCUGCGGUUCUUGCCGUCGCCAGCCUGGCUGCUGGUGCGACAAUCACUACCACGGAGCCGGCUCUGUCAGUAAUCAAGGCAGCCCAGCAAACUACAGUACCACAAACUUGGACUUCAAAUGUCACAGGAAAGGCUUUCGACCGGUUCUACCAGGUGUGGUUAGAGAAUGUUGAUUACAACGAUGCUGCCGGGAAUGCCGACCAACAGUGGCUGGCCAGUAAGGGUAUCACCUUGACCAACUAUUUUGCGGUCGGCCACACCUCUCAACCUAAUUACUGCGCUGCUGCAAGUGGUGACAACUACGGCAUGGAUAAUGAUCUGUUUCACGACAUUGCCAAUGUAUCGACUGUAGCUGAUCUGUUGAACACCAAGGGUAUUUCAUGGGGAGAGUACCAGCAGGAUAUACCAUACGCCGGCUUCCAAGGCUACAACUACUCUAACCAAAAGACCUACGCCGACGACUAUGUGCGCAAACAUAACCCUCUGGUCAGCUUCAACAAUAUCUCUGGCAAUGAUACUGCUCUAGGAUUGAUUAAAAGUUUCAAUACUUUCCGCACCGACCUGCAAAAGAAGCAACUUCCCCAGUGGGCCUUCAUCACGCCCAACAUGACCAAUGACGCACACGACACCAAUAUCACAUAUGGCUCGCACUGGCUGCGUGGCUUCGUAUCAGAGUUGAUGAACAACACAUACUUCUGGGACAACACCCUCAUGCUGCUGACCUUCGACGAGUCGGAAGUCUACGAUGUGCCUAACCGUGUGUUCAGCAUCCUACUAGGUGGCGCCGUCCCCAAAAAUCUCGUCGGCACAAAGGACGAUACACUUUACACCCACUACUCCAGUCUCGCCUCCGUGGAGGCCAACUGGGGUCUCCCUUCACUGGGCCGCUGGGACUGCGGUGCGAAUUUGUUCAAAUUUGUCGCCGACAAAGUCAGCUACACCAACUGGGCCGUCGACAGCACCAAGCUAUACAUCAACGAGUCCCUACCCGGUCCGCUCAUGAGAUGGGGCUUUACAGCCUACCGGUCUAACUGGCCCGUUCCUUCUACCAAUGACACUUGCUCGGGUGGCAAUGGUAUCUUGCAAUCCGUCGUUGAUUUGUACAAAGGCCGCGCUCCGACUUACAAUUACACUGCCCCGUUCCCUUACGAUGCCCUUUACGGCAUGGACGUCGGUAUCUCCUACUCUCGCAAUGGCACAACGUAUAUCUCUGGUGUCAACACCACUGGAACUCUUGGUCAUGACAACUUUUCGGCUACUCCUGGUAUCAGUGCACCCGGCGCUGCGUCUACAAGUACCAGUGCAGUGGCAGCAGCUUCUGCAAGCGCCGGGGCGGCCUCCUCUUUGGCUAUUCCAGCUUCUGUCUCGUUGAUUUCUGUUUUGGUUGCUGUGAUUGGGCUUCUAUAA